CACGGGCCAGUGAUUUCGAGCCGUCGUCAGAUUCGCUUCUUCUCCAUUACGCAGCAGCAUGCCCCCGAAGAACACCCGUGGCCGUCGUGGCGCCUCCAAGGGCGGUAAGGCCGCCAAGAAGGACGAGAAGGCCGAGUCGGUCCCGGUCGAGCGCACGCUGGCCGACAAGCUCGCGGACGACGGCAUCAUCGCCACCUGCGCCAUGAACGCGCGCUCGGUGCAUGAGAACUUCAAGGACAUCAACGUGCUCGACUUUUCGAUCACGUACUUUGGCAAGGUGCUCAUGGAGAGCUGCGACAUCUCGCUCAACUACGGCCGCCGGUAUGCGCUCAUCGGCCGCAACGGCUCGGGCAAGUCGACCUUCAUGAACGUGCUCGGCGCGCGUGGCAUCCCGAUCCCGGAAUCGAUUGAUAUCUACCACCUCAAGCACGAGAUUGAGCCGUCCGACAUGACGGCCCUCGAAGCCGUCAUCACGGUCGACGAAGAGCGCACCAAGAUCCAGACCGAAGUCGACGAGCUCUCGGAGAAGAUGCUCGACGAGGGCUUGCCGGACGACCAGGCCGAGAAGAUCACGAACCGCCUCACCGACUUGUACGAGCGCUUGGACGAGAUGGACGCUGACUCGGCCGAGAUCCGCGCCCGCAACAUCCUCCGCGGUCUCACGUUCACGGACCAGAUGAUGCAGAAGAAGACGCGCGAGUUUUCGGGUGGCUGGCGCAUGCGUAUCGCGCUCGCCCGUGCGCUCUUCAUCCAGCCGACGCUCCUCCUCCUCGAUGAGCCGACCAACCAUCUCGAUAUGGAGGCCGUCGUGUGGCUCGAGGACUACCUCUCCAAGUGGAAGAAGAUUCUGCUUUUGAUUUCGCACUCGCAAGAGUUCAUGAACGGCGUGUGCACCAACAUCAUUGAGCUCACGCGCAAGAAGCUCGAGUACUACUCGGGUGACUACGACACGUACAUCAAGACCAAGGAAGAGAAGGAAGAGAACCAGAUGAAGAAGUACGCCUGGGAGCAGGAUCAGAUCAAGCACAUGAAGGACUACAUUGCCCGCUUCGGUCACGGUUCCGCCAAGCUCGCCCGUCAGGCGCAGUCGAAGGAGAAGACGCUCGCCAAGAUGGUGCGCGAAGGCCUCACCGAGAAGGUCGUCAAGGAGAUGGAGGGCGACUUCAAGUUCCCCAACCCCGAGCGCCUCCCGCCGCCGGUGCUCAUGUUCCAGGAGCUUGCCUUUGGCUACCCGGACUGCCCUCUUUUGUACGAGGGUGUUGAGCUCGGUCUCGACAUGGACUCGCGUGUCGCCCUUGUCGGUGCCAACGGUUCGGGCAAGACGACGCUUCUCAACCUCAUCACGGGCGACCUCACGCCGGUCAAGGGCAACAUUCGCCCCCACUCGAAGCUCCGUGUCGCCCGCUUCACGCAGCACUUCGUCGAUGUCCUCGACUUGACGAGAUCGCCGCUCGAGUACUUCCGCUCGCUCUUCCCGUCCAAGAGCGUCGACGAUGUCCGCUCGUACCUCGGCCGCUACGGUAUCACGGGCGAAGUCCAGACGCAGAUCAUGGGCCAGCUCAGUGACGGCCAGAAGUCGCGCGUCGUGUUUGCGUUCAUUGCCCAGCAGAACGCGCACAUGCUCCUCCUCGAUGAACCGACGAACCACUUGGAUAUGGAGUCGAUCGAUGCGCUCGCGCGUGCCAUCAACGCCUUCGAGGGCGGCAUGCUCCUCGUGUCGCACGACAUGCGUCUCAUCUCGCAGGUCGCCAAGGAAAUUUGGCUCGUCGAAGACAAGAAGAUCCGCGUCUAUGAAGGCGAGAUUUCCGACUUCAAGAUGCGCGUCCGCAAGCAGCUCAAGCUCGACUAAAUACUUUGUUCCUCCUUUUUCUGAAAUUAAUAGACAACUCUACUCGCUACGU